AGUUCACCGAUCCAUUUUAAAAACCGGAGCUUCGAACAUGUUGGCUUUAUGUUUAACUAUUCUUACGAUAGGUUUCUGUACUCUCGUGCACCGAUAUUUGCAUUGGAGUAGAAGAGGUAUUAAGCAAUACCCAUUUUGGAAAAUUUGGCUAAACAACAUUCGCGACUUUAUUACACAACCACCAUUGACUGACGCCAUGGUGCGAGCUCGUGAAGAUUUUAAAAAUGCACGAUAUAUUGGAACUUACCAAAAUUUCAAACCGAGACUGUGUAUAGAAGAUCCAGAACUGAUAAAACACGUGUUCGUCAAAGACUUUGAUUACUUCGUCGAUCAUAAUGUUUUUUUACCAUAUGACGGCGACACGGUUUGGGAGAAGAGUUUAUUUAAUUUAAAAGGUGACGAUUGGAAACAGUUACGUGGGUUUGUAAGUCCCACGUUUACCAGCAGCAAAAUUAAGCUAAUGUUCCACACAAUUUUGGAGUGUUCAGCACAAGUGGUCGCGUCUUUGAAAAAAAGCGGAAAAGAGAUUGUCGAGUUUGAUGUGAAGGAACUUUUUGGACGAUUAACCACCGACGUCUUCUUCGGCACGCAUUUUGGAAUUCUUUGCAAUUCUGUAGAAGAACAAACUAAUGAAUUUUACACGAUUGGCCAGAAAGCCACCAAUUUUCUCGGAUUUUGGUUAAAAGUCCGAUUCAUUGUGAUUCAGGUGUUUCCAAUAGUAGCGAGGGUGUUCGGUCUACGAAUAUUUGAUCAAAACGUAACCAACUUCUUCCGGUUACUAGUUAAAAACAACAUCAAAUCCAGAAAAUCGCAACAAAUCGCUCGUCCAGACCUGAUAGGCAUAAUCAUGAAAUCGGAAAAUAACCCGGAUAACAUCGAGUUGACCGACGAGAUACUAACAGCGCUUGUAGCCACAUUUUUCGGUGCCGGAUUCGAUACCGUCUCCUCGGCAUUAAUGUACACAUUUUAUGAACUUUCCUGCAACAGCGUUGUUCAACAAAAAUUGCUCGAUGAAAUCGAUGCCAAUAAAGACAACUUCACGUACCAAACGGUGAUGGAAAUGCAGUAUUUAAAUAUGGUCGUGUCUGAAACUCUGCGAAAAUGGCCCGUUGGAUUCUUCCUGGAGAGGCAGUGCGUCAAGCCGUACAGAAUUCCGGCAUUAAAAGACGACGAAGUUGAGGUUCAACUAAAGGUGGGGGACGGAAUUUGGGUACCUCUGUACGCUCUACACAGAGAUCCGGAAUUGUUUAGCGAUCCUGACCGUUUUGAUCCCGAAAUCUCGAUGGAACGGUACGGUUUAUCUCGAGCGCCACCAAGAGAUUACUUCCUUCCUCCUAGAGAAGGUCCACUGGAGAGUCGCGGAUUUCCGGAAGCCACAGGCAGUCAAAUGGAGAAGCGGAAAACUCUAGGUGUCGUGUGGUCACUGGCGAAAAAUCUAAAACAAAAUCACGGCACGCCGAAAUGGUACCGUUUCUCGAGUGAAAACGGAAUCACAAGUUAA